AUGCGAGAGCUCAGAGAGUAUCUGCAGGAUGUGGACCCACAGAACGAGUUCUUCGAAGUUUCGGACCGGAUUUGUCAGGAGAGCGUUGGUCGGACAAUGCUGGAGUUGCGGAAGAUACUUAAGAAGACGCGUGGUCUCGACAGCGAGUCACUGGAAGUGACUGACUGUAGUCCUCUGACACGCGCGCAGGUCGACGAACUGCGCGGAAGCCUGUCGAAAGAAUGGCUAUCGAUGCUGGACAAACUAUGCGUCCAGAGUGGGGGCUUGAUUGCCGAAACAAGCCCCGGUGGCAAGUCGAUGGGCUUAGGCGGGUUAGCUGCAUUGAUGCUGUGCCGUCGGGCGGGUUCCGAAGCGUCAGGCGCUCCCCUACAGACCCGGGGGGAAGUGCUGGGUGAGGCUUUGGGUUUAAAUGCCGCGAUCACCAUGACCGAUAAUAAGACUGCAAGCAGUCUGAGCUUGUCCGGUCUCGUCUCAAAGGUCAUCGAGAACACGACGAACCUAAUUUACGAUACCAGCACAAGCGCACAUUAUAACGCGACCAGCGUGAGCAGCAUCGCCGGUAACUUUAGCACCGGAGUCGAUGUGACCACAACGACUGAAGCUUUGCAGAAGACGACCAAGGGCGAUGGCACCAUCACGCCGAGUGAAUCGAGCCCUUUUCACAUGGCCGCCUCGAGCGAUUCGAGCCUUUUGGACCUCGUCUCAAGGGUUGCCUCCAAAGCGUCGGAGCGAAUUUUCGAGAAUCCUUCGACCCCCCGCUAUGAUGCACCUACCGGGAAUGCCGCCUUCGAUGACCUGUCCACCGAAAUCGCUGUGAGCAUAACUACGGAAGCGUUGCUGAAUGGUACGAUGAUCGGCGAUGGAAGCACGCGCAUGGAAGCUCCGUUUUCGAAGAAUGCUUCUGGUGUGCCUCGUUCAACCGGGGCCCAUUAUACCCCCUUUAGGUCCGACAUCUUCCCGCAUCGUCAGGAUCCAAGAAAAGGACCGGACACCUCCACGACUGUGGCAUCUCGUGUGCGUCCGUUGAGAACGCGCAGGAAGCGCCCUGUCUCGAACAAGACUUCUGAUGUGCCUGGCUCCGCCCCCGUUCAUUACACCCCCUUUGAGCCCGCAGUCUUCCGGCAACAUGAUCGGGAUCCAAGACAAUGGUCGGAGACCUCCAUGACUAUGGCUUCUCGUAUGCCUGGUUCCACCGCCGCUUAUUACACCCCCUCUAAGCCCGGAGCCUUCCGGCAACAUGAUCGGGAUCCAAGACAAGGCUUGUCUAUAGAGUUGAUCAACAAGUUCAGUCGGUUCAAAAAGACGAUGGCGCUGGCCGAAUUGGAUCAGCUCUGGACCGUGUGUCCAUCCACGUGUCACAAAGUGGUCAAGCCUGGAUUUGACCGGUAUCCGUGUGAUGGCGGCAGUGGAGUAAUGCGUUGUCGUGGUACAACUCUCCAAGGCGACUCCGCCUGCUAUCGUUUCGGCGGUCCAUGGGGAUACGACUUCUUUGCAGUCAGGAACGCGAUUACAACUUAUCUGGGUAGAGGAAAAUGCAAGGUGUCGUGUGAUGGCCCAGAGCAAGGCUUCCGCAAUUUGUGGGAGCAGACCGAGAAGAAUUUACCGGGGAUUCCUGGCUACCCUGAAGGGAAUUUCCUGAAGUAUACAGCCGAACCUUCUGUUGCGAACAUGAGUGAUUUCAAAGUGAUGCUGGACACAAGUUAUCCUAUCACACGCGAGUGCUCGGGGUGGUGUGUCCGUUGUCCUGGCCUUGUCAAAAACUGUUUAUGUGCCUUCACAAAAAUCAGUUGUCUUGCCACGGCUCGUAGGGACGGCUCACCACAGCGGAUUGAUCUGGUUGGAUAUAAGACGAGGACACAUGACCUAAUUAAUCUCCUAACUCUUUUCAACACCAAGGAUGAAGAUCUCUAUAACGCCCAUAAUUGCAAGGUGGAAUGCCGCAAAAUGCCCCCGGAUAUUGACGCAGCUUCUGAAGCAGGAGUGGAGAUGCAAUUUAUCGAGACCGAGCCUGCAGAUGAUGGCUCUCCGUUGAAAGAGACGCUGAGCAGAAGGGAGUUGGCCGCACUCCAGGCAGAGGGAUGCUCAGUGCUAACGAAUGGAUGGAAACGUGUAGAAAGCAUCGGCGAAGUUCCAUGUCCGGGUAACGAUGGACUGCUAAAAUGUUGGUAUUCAAGUUUUGCAACGCGCGGACUAUGUAAUCGGAAUGGCAUGUUGGGCCUGUGCGUACCUUUCGAACCCAGUUGCCAUCGGUUUGGUCCUCAAUGGGCGGAUGCCUAUGCGGUCCUGGAUGCGGGUAAACGAUAUCUUCCUGGUUUGAAACAUUGUAGUGUGUUCUGCUAUCCAAACGAAAUCACCUCUAAUCGUUUGUGGGAGGAAGCCCGUACCUAUUUGCGCCACGCACCUGGUUACGAGAGACUGUGGCCGUCAUACAAUGAAUUAUCCGAAUUGCCACACUUCCGAGAUGCUAUCACCGUUCAGCAUCCCACCCAGAAACGGGACGUGCUAGAUUGUGAUCCAGAUAACUGCACCGUUACUAGCGACCGGGUCUGUCGUAUAGCGCGUGUCAGCUGCGAAAUCGAACAGAGCGGGAGUCAAGAGAGCCGGUCGGCGGAAUCCAUCAAGUUCAACACGCGCCUACAGGACGCAUUUAGAACGCUAUCUAUCCCCAAUGCUAAUGCCAAGGACAACAAACGCUUCAAGAACAAAAAAUGCACCUUCGAGUGCUACGGCGAACUGUGGCCGUGUUACCAACUCAGACCAUCGAAAAAGAAAAGGCCCCCACGCGGAGGUAUGUUUUUUCGAUGUUUCGGACAGCAUUCGAAUCGGGAGCUGAAUUGUUUAUGA